AUGAGCGCGCGUUCCAGACGGCUAGAUCGCAGCCUAGGAAGUAGCUGGAGUGACGCCGAGUUUACAUCUGACGACGAAGGCGGCUCUAUCUUCACCGGGAGCGACACAGGCAGUGAGGUGGAAUUAGAAGAGUCAGACAGAGAAGUCGCGCAACAGCCAGACCCAGCAUCCAUUGUUACCCCCAGACCCAAGCGCGAUCAUCUCAGACAGCCGACUCCCACUGCCCAACAACACAGCACACCGAGCAGAAAGCAGGCCAGUCAGAUAAGAGUGAAUCAGCCUCAGAAAAGAGGAUCCGACUCAGUCACGCCGAGACCGUACAAACGGGAUCCCCGAACGCCCAAGCCAGACGCGUCGGGACCAGCCUUUAUCAUGCCGUCUAUGGAAAAUGCAAGCGGGUACGAUGGAUCACCCAUGUCCAAGUCACAGCCACGCAAUCGAGCCAGGAAUACGGCACAGAACCGGUCGUCCAACUCACGUCGUACGUCUGCAAGAUCCUCCAUACACGGGUCACUCGAUGACCACGGGUCAUCCAGACAAAGCCAGGAAGAAGUCAGCCCAUGGCACUAUGUCAACCUCUUCUGGGAAAACGUAGGCGCUCCGCUCUUUGCCCACUUCAUGGACAUCUUCUCGUACGCCAUUCGCCAUUUUGUCAAGCCCUUUCUAGGCGUGGUCAUGGGUGUUGGUAUCUUGGUAUUUGGAAUCCAGUUGGCAUCCGGUAUGCUUCGCUUCACGGUUUCAAAUGCUGUAUUAGGUCCAGUGUGCGCGCUCCCAGGCUCUUCCUACUUGAUCCCUGCCUGUGCUACUGGCGACUUAUUCGCGGCACACGAAGCCGAUUUCGAGGAGCUCGUCAAUGUCCAGAGCAAAUUCGAAGACAUUCUCGAUGCAUCCAAAGACACGUCGGCGCUGCCAUCUACAAUCAAGAACUCUGAGCUUGCGAUUCGCGACCUGCGCAUUCUGGUCAAGCACUCCCGGCUGCCAAGUCGAAAAGCGUUGGAAAAUGAGUUUGAGUACUUUGUCCAGACCGCAAAUGAGGCUUCUGUGGAUUUGUCCCGCUACAACAGCCGCAUAGGCGCAGCUAUGGACCGCGUCAUUGCGACCAAUACGUGGACCAUGAAUGUGCUUACUGGCAUCUCUGAGCAAGAAGCGUCGGUGGGUGCCAUUAGCAAAAUCUUCAGCCACAUCACGAGCGCAUUCAUCGCGCCGCCGCCGACGCUCCAAGAGCGCAUCUUUGAUCAAUACGUACUCCACGUCAGCAAGAACAAAGACGAGAUCACGCGGCUGAUUGAAACGGCGCACGCGCUUCUCCUGGUCCUCAACAACCUCGAGGAGCGCCUCACGACAAUCUUCGACAUUGCCACCAACGACGACCAGACCAUCACGCGCUCCCAAGAAGAACUCUUAUCCUCGCUGUGGACAAAACUCGGUGGCAACCGCGGCGACGUCACGGCAAACAAGCGAUCUCUCACCCUCCUCUCCAACAUCAGCGGCUACCGCCAGAGAGCCGUCGUCCACGUCUCAGAAACACUGCUCAAGCUCCAGGAGAUUCAGGCGGGGCUGGAGAACCUGCGUGAAGGCGUGGCGGCGCCCGAGAUGCUGGGGUUCAAGAGUGGAGUCCCGAUAGAGGUUCAUAUCGAUACCAUCGGCAAGGGUGUCGAGAGACUGCAGGUUAGCCGUGGAGAGCAGCUGAGGGCAGAAGGCGAUACGCAUAGGAGGCUUAUGCGGGGACAUGACGAGGGUGAUGGGAGGAGGGAGUUACCGGGGCCUGCUGUGACUGUGAGACGUCAGUAG